CUGUAUAUAUACAACUCAUGAACUAUGAAAAAAUAAAAUCUACGAAACCUGUAAGGUCAUCCUCUGUACCUUCAACCUUGAUUCAAAGUCCAAACAGUUUCCAACUUUUAGAUAGUUCACCUACCAGACCUUCGUCACACAGCAAAAAGAAAAAAAGGCAACAACACCAAUCUCGCAAGUCGCAAGGGACUCCUCAUUCUUCUUCUUUAUGGGAUCAUUCUACUGAUCAAACUGUACCUAAUAACUCAUCAGUUCCGUCAUCACCUACUAUUGAUUAUACCGACCAUCAUACUCCUUCUCCAUUACAACAACAUUUUUAUACACAAUCCAACAAUCCUACAAAGUCUUCAUUGCCUGAUCCACUAUCUUCACCACCAUUAUCUCCUUUAAUACAAGAUUCUACAUCAACAACUCGUAUCAAUUGGACAUCCCUGUCAUUUUGGGAUUAUCUUCGGGAUGAAUUGACUGUAGCUGACUUUGAUACUACUCAAGAAAUCAAACGUGAACGAGUGACCAACUUUUUGGCUGUGCCAGGAUCACUUGAAAAGUUGAUGGGAUUUGGUUAUGUCGUAUGUUUGGAUUCAUUUUUAUAUACAUUCACCAUAUUACCAUUACGAUUUGCUUUGGCCUUUUAUCAUUACCUUUUGUACAUUUAUGCAAACAUCAAAAUCCUCACAACACAAAAUGGCGGAAGAUACAUGCGAUUACGACCAUCUCAAAAAUGUGAUUUAUUGAAAGGUUUAUUGAUUGUGAUUACUUGUGUGAUGAUGUCUUAUUUGGAUCCCUCUCGAUUAUAUCAUUCUAUUCGUGGUCAAGCCGUGUUGAAAUUGUAUGUGGUACUCAAUGUUUUGGAAGUUUGUGAUAAACUAUGUUGUUCUGUUGGUGUGGAUAUUCUGGAUGCACUCUUCUCAAAAUCAACUUUAGGUUCCAAUCCAUCUCCUGAUAUAGGUACUGGUGUGGGUAGUGCGACAAGUUAUGCCAAACGACAAUUGAAACCUAUCACUUUAUUCUUCAUGGCUUGUGGUUAUAUGUUGAUUCAUACUUCCGUUCUAUUUUUUCAAAUGAUUACUUUGAAUGUUGCUAUCAACUUUUAUUCCAAUGCUCUCUUGACCUUACUCAUUUCCAAUCAAUUUGUCGAAAUCAAACAAUCUGUAUUCAAAAAAUUCGAAAGGGAAAAUUUAUUCCAACUUAGUUGUAGUGAUAUUGUGGAACGAUUUCAACAAAGUGCUUAUUUGGUGAUCAUCACACUUCGAAAUGUGAUUGAACUAUCUGAUUCAUCACCAUCCUCUAUCUUACCAUCAACAUUUGUACCUCUUUUCAAAUUACCAGCAACGACCUCACUUAAUACAUUGAUGACACCAGUGGUUAUGGUGAUUGCUUCAGAAUUGAUGGUGGACUGGAUCAAGCAUGCAUUUAUCACUAAAUUCAAUCAAAUUCGGCCUUCGAUUUAUAGUAAAUAUAUUGAUGUAUUAUGUAAAGAUCUUGUUGUUGGAAGUCCUGGACGUCUCACUGCUGGGAAAAAGAAUGCUUUCAUCGAUCAAUCACCUGUAGUAUCUCGACGUAUUGGAUUUCCAUCCCUUCCUUUGGCAUGUAUGGCGAUACGAAUGAUGCAACAACUUUUACCCAUGAUCUUUAUGUCAAGCCAUCAUGGUGGUGAUGAUACUUCCAAUGGGAAUGCGCCUUCAUCUGUGGCGUCAAUGGUUACCAAUGGAUUAUUAAAUUAUUUGAUGGAUCAUCAAGGCACUGUGAGUCGUUUAUUACCAGCAAGGAUCCAAUUGGUGGUAUUAUCCAUGGUCCGAUGUGGUUGGUUGGAAAGAGGGUUGGACAAAACUGUACGAAUUCUUACUUGGACUUUAUUAGUUUUCAUCAUUGCUAUCAUAUUACUGGCUUUGAAGGUACUUGUGGGAAUGAACUUACUUGGAUAUGCUUAUAAACGAUAUACUAGUAUGGAAGAACGUGAAAAAUUGGAUGAACAAAAAGAGAAAGAAAUGCGGGAAAUGAAUCAACCAGAAACGGAAUAUCAACAACAAUUGAAGAAAUAUGUGAAUGAUCCAACCGAUAAUGUGAUGGGAAAAGCGCCUAUAAAGUAUACUUUGGAAAAUGUAGAUCGGUUUUCCAUGGUGAGAAGUAGAAUCCCUUAACCCCAAAAUAGGACAUCUUUACACAAACAAACAAAUAGAAUAGCACUUUUUUUUUUUACCCCAACCAAAAUAAACAAUUUAUUAUUCUGUUAUCAACCAACAACAAAA